CUACAUAUGUAUGUAUGGGGGAUGACGGAAACGGAACGCACCGCAGGAAAUCGCAACACGUGGUUUCCUGUCCAUGGCAUCAGUGUCAUCGAGAUGUUUCGGAAAAUGCCGGUUCCUAUACGAAAUACACGGCAUACGAGAAAAGAUGAACAAAAACGCCAUAUCCAUAUGCGGAAGGAAGAAGGGGCGGGAAAAAGAACCUCCGAAAAUGACGGCAGCCCAUACCAACACCGAUUCCCAUCGUGGCACCAUGACCACCUGCGUCUAUUCGAGCUCAACAGGGAUCGACAAGGAGUGAUUUUACGACCGCGCUGGUUGCGAGGCUCACUUCUGCCGACCGGUCAGCAUAUUGUCGCUCUCCGUCGAGCUUGCUUAACCAGGAAAUCAAUCGUGUUGGGAAUCAGCAAGGCUCCGUACGGGCGCCACAUCCUGAUAAUUGGACAUUCCGCACUUGUUUUUGGUCUCGGUCGUGUCGUGUUCAAGCAGUAUCGGUCGCAGAGCUUUCUACAAUGCGUGCUGACUUUCACCAGAUGCCUUUGCGACAUUACAGUCGACUAUAUGCAGGGUAUUCAUCUCAUCCUGUACAUGGUUUUUGAAAAGACACCAUGUGAAUUAGCACCUCGGCUAAUCAACAUGACUCCCGAAUCUCCGAUGAAUUUACACCAAACAGGUUCAUGA